GGGGAACCUCGUCAGGUUCGAGCUGCCCCGAAUACAGAUCUGUGGGCUGGCCAGUGCCGACUGGGUGACCGAGCUCCGCUGGCUCUGGGGAAAGAAAGAAGCCGGAAGGAUUGAUGCCAGCCAAGGGGGCAGGGGGCCGGCCCCGAACCCCCCCAACGUGCCCCUGCCCCCCAACAUCCACCCUCCCAUGCUCAGCACGGCCAGACCCACAGAACCCCACGGACCCACAGACGGACCCCUGGAGCCGCCCGCAGCCCCAGAGCCCCACGGACCCACGGCCAGCCCCAUGGAGCCCCAUGGACCCACGGCCAGACCCCCAGAGCCCCACGGACCCACAGAUGGACCCCCGGAGCUGCACACACCCCAAGAGCCCCACGGACCCACGGCCAGAUCCUCAGAGCCCCACGGACCCUCAGACGGACCCCCAGAGCCCCACGGACCCACGGCCAGCCCCACGGAUGAAGCCCUGACCACCGACCCCGUUGGGGGGCCCAGCCUGGCGCCCCGGAAGGGGGAGGGAGCAGGCGAUGGGCCCCCCCCCGCGCAGCCCCGUCACUACCUCACGGCCGUGCCGGUGCUGCUGGGCAUCAUCCUGGUGCUGGUGGGGGGCCUGACCUACAUGCUCUGCCGGAGGCGCCGGCGGCCCCCCCAGGGACCCGGCCCCCCCCACAGAGACCCAAGUGAGUGGGGCAGCAGGGUUGGGGGGCCCUGCUUCCCUGGGGGGGACUAUUUACCCUG